AUGCAUCUUCAGUACACCUUCGACCCAGACGGAAACCGGAUCUAUACCCUCAAGAAACUUACUGCCGAAGGCAAGGUCACCAAAUCAGCCCAUCCAGCUCGAUUCUCACCCGACGACAAAUUCUCUCGUCAUCGAGUAACCAUCAAAAAGAGAUUCGGAGUCUUGCCCACUCAACUGCCUUCCAAGCCGAUGUAA